UAAAACCGCCUCCCCUCCUCUAAUAAACCAUCGUCCCUGUACCUCUCCUGAACACUACGUCUACCGAGAGGGAAAGGAAAAAAACUAACGAACGAUGUGCCAUUCGACCACUGAGUUCGCCGAUCUCUUCUCCUAUCCGAAGGAGCGCGACCGCCUCAAGAUCCGAGCUUUCUACCUCCGCCUCUCCCUCACCGCCGCCGCCUUUGGCCACCGUACAGCGCUGCCUCAAACGCUGACGCUGGUCUACAUUCCGAGGAUCAGUGAGGAUUUGAUCGAGGUCAAUGAUGACAGGAUCCCGGCGGACGCGACGGCGAUCGUGGCGCUGCACCGGGUGCGGUCCGGGGAGCAGGCGGAAGAGGUGGUGUACGCGAGCACGGACCGGGUGCGGGCCGGAGAGGGGCUGCGGUUCGAGGUGUAUAUCGGGGCGCAGAAGGCUCUAAAAGGGGUGUUCCAGCGUGUCGGCGGCGUCGGGUGUUGGAGAAUGGAGUGCCGCUGGGCCACGGAGGCGGAGAUGGGGGUGGCGGCAGCGGAGGUGUGGGUGGCCGGGGAGAAAGGGGUGAUAAUGAGGGAGAAGGUGGAGAUGGGGUCGCCGGCGGCGGGGGAGAGGAGGAGGAGGAGGAAGAAGCGGAGGGGGUUUUGUUCGAAGCUGGAGCAGAUUCCAGAGGAAAUGGACGGCUGGGAUUGCUUUGAUUGUGAAGAAAUGGAGGGGUGGGAGGUGGUGGGAUCGGACGGUGGGGAGUCGGAGGAGGGCGAGGGAAUGAAGGGUGGGGAUGGGUUAGAGAUGGAAGGGGUGAGGUGGGCGGUGGAUUUGGGGAUUUGGGUGGUGUGUUUGGGGGUGGGGCUGUUGGUCUCCACGGCUUCUCGGAAGGGUUUGACGAGAAAAAGCUUAAUUCGGAGCCCUUUUUUCUUUUAAAAAAUUUUAUUCAGAUGAGUCGCCACUCGCCAAGGCAUUUUUUAAAAAGUUUUUUUCACAAUUUUGUACGCUAACUAGCUGAAUCAUGAUGGCUGUUUGUGUAUACGUACAUGCUUCCGUCCACUUUUUGUUCUUCUUCUACAAUCAGCGGUGAAAUUAUUCUGUUCUCUGAAAAUAGCUGCAGGAAUGUUAAGAGUGGUUUUUUCUUGAGACCAGUCGUGUGAAGGAUUUGUUUAUCUAAAACAGGUCCUGGCCUUUAUCAGACAGAUUAUGGUGUAAUGGUAGCUUUAUAUAUACCCAUUUUACGAUUUGUCUUGGGGUUAAA